UAUUCCAUGUAUGGAUCAUGCAUACCGUUAUGGCGCGUUGAAACGAAGAUUGCAAAAAAAAAAAAAAAAAACUUUUGCAAGGCCUCGAUGAAAGAGAGAAAGAGAGAGGGCAAGAGAAACAGAGAGAGAGCGAGAGAGAGAGAGAGAGAGAGAGAGAGAGAGAGAGAGAGAGAGAGAGAGAGAGAGAGAGAGAGAGAGAGAGAGAGAGGGAGGGAGAGAGAGAGAGAGAGAGAGAGAGAGAGAGAGAGAGAGAGAGAGAGAGAGAGAGAGAGAGAGAGAGAGAGAGAGAGAAACAGAGGUCAAGAAAGAGGUAGAAAGAGCGAGAGGGAGAGAGAGCAUAAGAGAAAGCAAAGGGAAAGAGCACAAGAGAAAGAGAGAGAGAAAAAAAGAGAUAGAAAGAGCGAAAGAAAGAAAGUGAGUAUGCGUGUGUCUAUGAGAGAGAGAGAGAGAGAGAGAAGAGAGAGAGAGAGAGGAGAGAGAGAGAGAGAGAGAGAGAGAGAGAGAGAGAGGAGAGGAGAGAGAGAGAGAGAGAGAGAGAGAGAGAGAGAGAGAAGAGAGAGAGAGAGGAGAGAGAGAGAGAGAGAGAGAGAGAGAAGAGAGAGAGAGAGAGAGAGAAGAGAGAGAGAGAGAGAGAGAGAGAGAGGAGAGAGAGAGAGAGAGAGAGAGAGAGAGAGAGAGAGAGAGAGAGAGAGAGAGAGAGAGAGAGAGAGAAAGAGCGAGAGAGAAAGAGUGAGAGAGAGAGAAAGAGAGAGAGAGAGCAAGAGAGAGAGAGAGAGAGAGAGAGAGAGAGAGAGAGAGAGAGAGAGAGAGAGAGAGAGAGAGAGAGAGAGAGAGAGAGAGAGAGAGAGAGAGGUGACGAAGGCUCGAGCGCUAAAGGGAGAAGGCAUGAAUAUCAGCCAUGCCCCUUUUGCAAUUGAACAUGAGCCACUCUUGCUUUGCCAACUGAAUGGGAGCUAUGCCCCCCCUGGAAUCGACUAUGACACAUCCACCCUUAGGCAAUUUCCACUUAACGUGGUGGAGCAGCGUGACAAGUGUCGCCUCAUUCUUGACUUGCGCAAAGUCAACAACUACCUCGACAUCCCCAAGUUCAAGUACGAAGGCUUGAACAGGGUAGCCGAACUCAUCCGCCCAGGCGAUUGGAUGUUCUCCAUCGACCUAAAGUCAGGCUACCACCAUGUCGAGAUCCACCCCUCCUGCUGGAAGUUCUUGGGAUUCCAGUUCGAAGGAGACUACUAUUCCUUCAUAUCGCUCCCGUUCGGGCUUGCCACUGCCCCGUUCGUCUUCACACAACUGAUCAAACAACUGGCAAAGCGAUGGCGGGCAAGCGGCGUGCGGGUUGUUCCAUAUGUCGACGACUUACUAUUCCUCUGCAACUCCCACUCGGAUGCACGCUCCAUCUGCGCAGCUGUUGUUAAGGACCUGAAGGCAGCACGUUUUGUUAUAAACGGCAAAAAGUCACAUCUACACCCCUCGCGCAAGAUAGCUUUCCUCGGCCUGGAAAUUGAUGCCGCCCAAGGCACCUUCUCCGCAUUAUAACGAAGCUGCAAACACAACUACUACACGU